UCUUUGCACACCAACAUGGCGGCGGUUGCUACUGUAAUCAGGGCAGAAACAACAGGUUCUGUAGCCUCAAGCUUUGAGCAAAUUCUUCCCAAGACAAAGGAAAAACAAAAGGAAAAGGUUAAAGACACGUCAGAUCCUCUCAAAGUCUUAGAUCCCGAGAGAAAAAAACUCACAUCAGUCGAAGCUCAACGUGUGAUAGCCGUUGUUGAUGACUCGAUCAAGAGAUUGGAAUUGGUGUCCCUGUUGCCAUACAUCAUCGAAAACUUGAACCGUUUCUCGGUCAUUCUUGGAUCUGAUCUGGUGCAGGUUUUGGAGGAACAUGAUCGCAUUCAGUCGUCUUACCAAAAAGCUAUUUCAAAAUUCUCACUUGACCAAAGGCGAAGUCGAUCGGCCACCCCAACGGCAUCGAUCGUUUCAUCGCGUCGCUCCAGUGAAGCUUCGCAAGCUGUAUCAGAGAACGAACAGGGAAUACCUAGCACAUCAGGUGCUUUGCCGGAGAGCAGGGCAAGUUCUGCCGGCAGCAGGCAAUCCUUCACCCAGAAACCAAGUCAACUGAGCCUGCUUCCUACCAGCGACGAUCAAAGUGUGGACCUCAAAGUUGUCAAUGCCCUGAGCACCCAGAUGAAGUAUUCUGUUAAAACAAUUCUCAGGUUGUUUGCCUCAAAUCCAGCCGCCGUAAAUGCACUUAAAGAUCUGAGGAACGAACGAUCGGUGGAAGGGAAUAAAAUAAUCGACGAAAUGACCACAUUGAGGGCGGUCCUAUUUGAGCGAUUAUUGACAACGCCAAGCGAGGAAAAAGAGAGAAGACAGUAUUUGAAACAGAUUGUCGCUAGAGAGAUGAAAUCCAGUGAGACAGGCAGAAAACUUCAGGAUGAACUGAAAAGAGCCAUUGAUGAUAAAGAAAAUGAGAUUUCCAAGAGGAAUGACAUCAUUCUUAGACUGAAAAAUGACAUCUAUAAUGUGGAGAAGAAUGCAGAGGAGCAAAAUCGUAGGGUCAUUACUGAGGCAGCCAAGCAAGAUGCAUCAGAAAUGAAGAAUUCUGAUAGUAAGAAAAGCAAACUACAACAGGAAAGUAUUGAGUUAAAAAAGAAGCUUGAAAGUGACACACUCACUCACAGAGAGAGUGAACUGGCAUUGAGAAAGCGAAAGUACAAGAUCGAAACUGAAGUUGAGAACUGGAUACAGAAGUAUGAUACAGAUAUGGGAGAAAGACAAGAUGAAUUUGAUGCCCUAGACACAAUUUACACGGAGGAGAAAAGGCAGCUAAAUGAACUCGAGGAGCGUUUCAAGACCUUGGAGAAAGAGUACGUGGAAAUCGUGGAGGCGAGGAGAAUUGCAAAGGAGAAGGCCGAAGCCGCUGAAAGAGAGCUGAAUUUGAAAAUACGAGCAGCGAGAUUGAUACAGUCUCUGUGGCGAGCGCAUAAAGCCAGAAAACAGCUCAACAAGAAGAAAAAGGGAAAGAAAGGGAAAAAGGGAAAGAAAAGUGGUGGAAAGAAGAAGAAAAGAUAAACUUCGAUUUAAAAUAACGGUUAAAUCAAGCCACGGCGAUUCAUGUCGUUCAUGUCACAUCGAAUGUCGACUCGACAGCCAUCCACUGUUUGGGAAGUGAGUCCAUACUCCUCCCUAAAGAUUUUUUUUUCCCGUGAGGGACGAAAACUGAACUCAAGAGGGUGACGGAAAUUGAGCUUACUCCGCAUGCCUGGAAACUGCUUUUUUAGUUACAUUAGUUUGGUAAGGGUAAGCAAGCAGUGAGCGGUUUAAUUUUCGUUUUGCUUGGGCUCUCAAGCGCGGGACAUAGCCAACGUCUUUGUGUCUACUUCUUCUUUUUUGCUAGUAUUUCGUUGUGAAAGAGGACGAACUGUUAUUUCGAUGUCUGAACUUUGGCGUAAGACAGUUGAAUGGAAUGAACGCUUGGAACAUCCGCAAUAAGAAUAUGUUGAGCUCGUUAACUUAAAGAACUUAAGUGUAGAUAGUGUAAAUAUGUAAGAAGGAAGGAAAAUUUUGUGGAAACAAAACACCGCACUUUUGGACACUUUUUUGUCAGAAGAAACCACCUUGGUUUGUAGUGCUGCAUUUGAAACUAAUGAAUCGUCAUUUUGUUGAUAGGGUCACUGAAAUAAAUUUUCAUCGAAACCUCAUGUCUUGCGCCCAACAGCGCUGAGAAGAAAACAGUAAUCAAACAGAAGAGUCGCUUUGGCUAAGACAGUGAGUUAGCUCAUUAGUAAAUAAGAGUGCCCACUAACAGUUGUCUAGAAUUCGUUGAAUUCCAUAAACGUCCUCUGACUCCUUCCUGAGUUAUACAUUGAAUAACUCCUCGUACCAGGGUAGGUCAAAUAGGAAUAAAGAAUGUUUUUACGGAG